CGCACUGCGGGGCAAGCGGUGCAGUCUAAAACGAAGAUCCUUUUGGAUCUUUGGUCUAAAAGGAACAACAACAAAAAACAAUGGGGUGGAGAGACAUGGAGAGGCGAGGUUUCGGAUCAACACUUUUCAUCUGCACUGAAGGCGGGGAGAUAGCCAGUACAAGAAGGAGGGGGGAGGCAAGGGCUGUCAAGUGACAGGUGGACCCAGGUGAGGAGGGGUUGAUAGGCAAAUCGGUCAGGUUAGGAGAUGGAGGCGUUGAGAUAAUAAUCAAGGCUGAAGGAGAUAGGUGGAGGCCACAAAGGACUGUUGAUGAUGGAAUCCGAUAAGAAAUUUUCUCCACGGCAUCUUCCCGUUAGAAAUAUCAGUCGGGUAAAGGAGAGCGAACCAAACUUCCCUUUCUCUACAUUUCAGAAUUUGGGAUUGAAGGAAAUCGCAAGCGGAAGACAAUUCGUCAGCUUGAGCUCACUGCUAGUAGAAUAUACUGGGGUCGCUCGACUGCUAGUGUGCAGAGAUUUCUAAAAUAAUUUUGCAUUUUUGUUAUUUGGCAGAUCUGUUUUUAUAUUGAAAUGCCGGCGCAUCGAUCAUUUUCGCGUGGGGAAAGAAGAAAGGGUUAAUGUUUCGAUUGACCCAGAAGAUGGAUCAUGGCUCCAGUUUUAACCUUUCUUUGUGGAGGAAUGAUGGACGAUUCUCAGUGCAUGUUUUAUUUGAGCUGAUUUUUUUUUUUGACGGGUGGGGGCGCUGGCUACCCAGAAUCGCGCAGAGUCCUAAAGCAAAUACAUUAAGAUGUAACUUUAUUUUCUUCUGGAAAGUAAUCGUUACACAAAAAUCUGAACGCAACCAAUCUCCAACAGUUGUGGCUCAAUGUUCAGGAGAGUGAAAGCGAAUUUGGGGGAAGUAGAGUUCCGCAGGGACAGAAUUUGGGGAGUUUGGAAGUCUGCCCGAGAAUUUACUAAACACUGAAUGAAAGCCACGCCGUCUCCGUGGUAUGUUGCUCAUAUAUCUUGUCCAAAGCUUCAGUACGCAGUGCACUUUUCGGAAACCUAUAAAAAGUAUAUACAAUUUUCCAUUCAUCCAACCAGAGACAGGCUAGAUGGGCAAGUAACAAGCACCAAUAGGAAUUCUCUGUGACCAGUUCAAUGAAAAAUAAUUCCCUGAGGCGUUUGCAGUACAGUGUAAGGGACUACAUGCUGAAUGUAUAAGUGCAUCAAUGCAAUGGCCACGGUAUAGCGUCCAGGGACUGACAUACAUCCUGGACAAGCUACCGUGUUCAUAUCAGGAUCGUCUUCUGAUUCCAUCCAGUUUAGAACCGUGAUGAGGACGUGAAGUGGAACAUUUGGGAGAAUGGUUUGUGCUGCCUCGCGUUGGUGCCAAUGGGCGUUGUUAAUUUGUUACCUUGAAAGAGUGGUAUUGUGUCUAAAUCCCGAUGAUCCUAAUGUGUGCAGCCACUGGGAAAGUUAUGCUGUCACAGUUCAGGAAUCAUAUGCCCAUCCAUUUGACCAGGUCUACUAUACUAGAUGCAUGGAUAUUCUUAAUUGGUUUAAAUGCACCAGACACAGAAUAAGCUACAAAACAGCUUAUCGUAGAGGUCUAAGAACAAUGUAUAGAAGGAGAUCACAAUGCUGCCCUGGAUAUUAUGAAAGUGAAGAUUUAUGUGUCCCAUUGUGCACAGAAGAAUGCAUGCAUGGAAAGUGUGUUUCCCCAGACACCUGUCAGUGUGAACCUGGCUGGGGAGGAACAGACUGCUCGAGUGGCUGUGACAGUGAACACUGGGGACCACACUGCAGUAACCGCUGCCAAUGUCAGAAUAAAGCCUUGUGUAAUCCCAUCACUGGAGCUUGUGUCUGUGCUGAUGGAUAUGAGGGAUGGCGCUGUGAAGAGCCCUGUGACCAAGGAACGUAUGGCAAAGGAUGUCAGUAUAACUGUCAAUGCCAAAAUACAGCUACUUGUGAUCAUGAAACUGGAGAAUGCCACUGUCCACCUGGUUACACGGGGGCCUUCUGUGAAGAACGAUGCCCGCCUGGCAGCCAUGGAGCUCAGUGUGAGUCACGGUGCCCGUGUCAGAAUGGUGGGAAAUGUCACCACAUUACUGGAGAGUGCUCCUGUCCAGCUGGAUGGAUGGGGUCAGUAUGUGCACAACCUUGUCCUUUUGGUAAAUUUGGGAUCAAUUGUACCCAGGAGUGCCCUUGCCAUAAUGGAGGGCAUUGUGACCAUGUGACGGGCAAAUGCCAUUGUAUAGCUGGAUAUGCAGGUGACAGGUGUCAGGAGGAGUGUCCUAUCGGCAGUUACGGCUUGCAGUGUGCCCAAAGGUGUGAGUGCCAGAAUGGAGCUGAAUGUUAUCAUGUUAAUGGAGCAUGUCUUUGCAAGCCAGGAUUUACUGGUGAUCGUUGCCAAGACAGAAUGUGUCCAGAUGGGCUGUAUGGACUAAAGUGCAAUAAACAGUGUCCUUGCAAUGGCAAACAUACCCAAAGCUGCCAUCCAUUGUCUGGUGAAUGUUCCUGCAGAGCAGGCUGGACUGGGCAGGACUGCAAUGAGAUGUGUCCCCCUGGCUUUCAUGGAGAGGGCUGCCAGCAAAUCUGUGUCUGUCAGAAUGGAGCUAAUUGUGAUGGUGUCACUGGCAAAUGUGCCUGUGCUCCAGGAUAUAAGGGGGAAGAUUGCUCCUCUUCGUGCCCUCCUGGUAAAUUUGGGUCCAACUGUUCAUCCACUUGUGACUGCAAGCAUGGUGCAACUUGUUCUCCUAUUGAUGGUACCUGUAUUUGUAAAGAAGGAUGGCAGGGAGUGGACUGCUCCAUUCCUUGUUCCAGUGGUAUAUGGGGACUUAAGUGCAAUAAUAGCUGCCACUGUGCCAAUGGAGCAGAUUGUAAUCCAGAAAAUGGCUCGUGCACAUGUUCUUCAGGCUGGAGUGGCAAACAUUGCAACCAGCCAUGCCCAGAUGGAACCUACGGUUUAGACUGCAGUGAACAUUGUGACUGCUGUCAUGCAGAUGGUUGUGAUCCAGUCACUGGAUUCUGUCACUGUGUGUCAGGCUGGACUGGGAUUCGCUGUGAUAAUAUAUGUGUGCAGGGACGUUGGGGUUCAAAUUGCUCCAAUUCCUGUAACUGUGACAAUGGGGGUACGUGCUCACCCGAGGAUGGAACUUGUGAGUGUGCGCCUGGAUAUCGAGGAGCUACAUGCCAGAGGAUCUGUUCUCCUGGAUUUUAUGGCCAUCAUUGCAACCAAGCUUGUCCCCAGUGUGUGCACAGUAACGGACCUUGUCAUCACGUCACAGGCCACUGUGAGUGCUUAUCGGGCUUUACGGGUCCCCUCUGCGACCAAGUCUGCGCAAGUGGAAGGUUUGGCAAGAGCUGCUCUGGCACUUGCUUCUGCUCAAACAAUGGCACUUGCAACCCUAUUGAUGGUUCCUGUCAGUGCUACCCAGGCUGGAUUGGAAGAGAUUGUGCUCAGACUUGCCAAUCAAGCUACUGGGGGCCCAACUGCAUCCACACAUGUAAUUGCCAUAACGGAGCAGUGUGCAAUGCUUAUGAUGGAGAGUGUCGAUGUACACAGGGCUGGACUGGCAUGUAUUGCACGCAGAGAUGUCCAGUGGGAUUUUUUGGAAAAGAUUGCAUCCAACUCUGCAAGUGCCAGAAUGGAGCAGAUUGUGAUCACGAGACAGGAGGAUGCAAGUGUCGAACAGGAUUCUUCGGGGAAUAUUGUGAACAGAAAUGUCCUCCUGGUACAUUUGGCUAUAACUGUCAACAAUUGUGCAAGUGUUUGAAUAAUGCCACCUGUGAUCACGUGACUGGGACUUGCUAUUGCACACCUGGAUUCAAAGGCAUCCGCUGUGACCAAGCUGCCCUGUUAAUGGAUGAACUGAACCCCUAUACAAGAAUCAGUCCAGCUCUAGCAUCAGACAGACACUCUUUUGGAGCCAUUACUGGGAUCAUUCUUCUUCUCCUGAUUAUAGUAAUGCUGCUGACUCUCUUCAUAUGGUACAAAUGGAAGCAAAAGGAGAAAGGGCAUGGCAUGCCCAGUGUAUCCUACACACCUGCCAUGCGGAUGACUAAUCAAGAUUAUUCCCUCUCUGAUCCAUCUCAGAGUACCAGCACCCUUCACUGUUUCACCAACCCUAGUUACCACACACUCUCCCAAUGUGGCCGACUCACUCGUAUUAUCAAUAACUCAGAUGGAAGCUGUCACAUUAAGACAAAAAAACAGCUUUUCUCAAGUCUCAAGAGUGUAGAGCUUUCUGGGCAUGAAGGCUGUAGACAAGAUGUCAACAACUCAUUGCAUCCUGAAUGGCGAAACUACAGUAACUUGAAUGAUUUAGACUAUGUGAAGGGUUCGGUCUGCAGUUCCAGCACAUGUUCACUAAACAGCAGUGAAAACCCUUACGCCACCAUUAAAGACCCACCAGUGCUGACCUGCAAACAUUCUGAGAGCAGUUACGUAGAGAUGAAGUCCCCUGCCCAUAGAGACCUUCCCUACCCAGAGACCGAAACCACCAAAAACAGAAACAUCUACGAAGUCGAGCCAACUAUAAGCGUGGUCCAAGGUGGGCAGGCAUUUGCCCCAAGCUGCAACCAGAACCCGUAUGACCUGCCGAAGAACAGCCACAUCCCAAGUCACUAUGACCUGCUCCCAGUGAGGCUUAGCCCAGUACACAUCCCUGGGGACAAACCACACCAGCCGAUUAAAGAAUGAUCCACACAUCAGUCUGUUGCUCACGAGAAAUGGCAGAGAAGACAAUCUUUUUGCCCUAAAAUAUGCUGAAACUCAAAGAUAACUUGAAAAUAAACUUUGAUCCUGAACCUAAUGUGGACAUUGCAUACUGGCAACCUGUCAGCCUCAUGGGAUUUUCUGUAUGGUAAUUAAGACAAAAUAUUUAAUUUAAUCAAAUGAGAAGGUGUAAGUCCAGACUCAGAAAUUAACUUUUUCUGAAAUAAAAGUUUGCCGGCACCACCAAGCUCAGCUACAGUGCCCUCCAUAAAGUUUGGGACAAAGACUCAUCAUUUAUU